CUGAACAACACUAGACAAUACGCUAGAUGUCUGGAAGUAACUAAAUAAAUAUGGCCAGCUAGAAUGCAAGAAGAGCAUAAAGUAGAGAAUUAUAGUUGCAUAGAUCUACAUAGAUCUAAAUCUUGAUCUAUAUUACUAUAGACCUGCAAACAUAGACCAUGGCUGGACGAGCUCAUGCAGGGAGAGGCUACACCCCUGAGAGAAUACCUGGUGUACAUAUGAGCCUAGGAGAAUCUAUUAACGUUCCAGUUGGCUCGCUAAGAGUGCCACGCCACGAGAAAAGCUUCUCUGAGUCAAGUGCAGCUGUACCCACGACGAGCUCAAGGCUACCUCCUGCCGUUGCUUCGAUACCCGCUGAUCAUAUCCGUGGCUAUGUGCACACUAAGAGAGUCAACAGCUACUUGGUUGGGACCAACUUAGGGGAAGGCUCGUUUGCAAAAGUCAAAGAAGCCUUCCAUAUUCAGGUUGGAGAGAAAGUUGCAUUGAAAGUCAUUGACAAGAAGAAAGCACAGCAAGACCCGUACGUUGCCAAGAACUUUCGUCGAGAGGCUAAGCUCCUCCAGAUGGUACGUCACGUCAACAUUCUCCAUCUGUUGGAGGUCAUUGAGACGGACACCAGCUACUAUCUUGUCUCAGAGCUCUGCUCAGGUGGUGAGCUGAUGAAGCACAUCUACAGCAAAGGACGACUAGAUGAAGUAGAGACGAGAAAGUAUAUGCGACAGAUCAUAUCAGCAGUUGACCAUCUUCACAGAGCAGGAAUCAUUCACAGGGAUCUGAAAGUUGAGAACAUGCUUUUAGAUGGCAAUAUGGACUUGAGGAUCAUUGAUUUUGGUCUCAGCAAUGAGCAGUACACUCAGGGGGAAAACGGCAUGAUCCAUUGCAGUACCCAGUGUGGGUCCCCAGCCUAUGCAGCUCCUGAACUACUGGGCCAUAAACAGUACGGACCUGAAGUAGACAUCUGGAGCAUAGGAGUGAACAUGUAUGCCAUGCUGACUGGUUGCCUACCCUACACUGUGGAGCCCUUCAACAUCACAGCACUGCAUGCCAAGAUGCUGGAGAAUAAGAUGAACCCAAUUCCGGACAGCCUCUCCAAUAAUUGCAAGAGUCUUCUUCAUCGACUGCUUGAUGCGAACCCAGAGCAUCGAAUUAAGAUGCCCGAGAUCAUGACCCACCCAUGGAUCAACGAGGAACACACCCUCCCCUUUGGCCCCGCCCCCUUCCCCAACACUCUGACGACCAAGGAUAUCAACAUGGACAUUGUAGAUCACAUGGUCCAUGUACUUAAGGUUGGACUAACAAAUGAAGAGCUUAUCGAAGAUCUGAUGUCAAACAAAGCCACCACUGCUGCGUGUGUGUACUUCCUCCUCGCUGCCAGGCUGAGAAGGUAUCAGAAGAGAUAUCCUGCACGUAAAACCCGCAUCCGUAAUAAGUCAAUCCGUAUCUCACAAGACCAAGGUUACUUUGAGGAUGAGGAUGACGCUAAGUCAGCAAAGAGUGUUCCCACUUAUCUGAUGAAAUCUAGCAAGAAGCACACCACUAGGCCGACACAUGUGCAGUUGAGAGAUAAAAAAGGCAAAUCCAUGGAUCGCCCCAUCUCACACACCCCUCUCAGUGAAGACUCGGAGUCUCCACCACCUGUACAAAACAAAGGAUUUGCCGAGUCUAGAAGAAAGUCACUACCUCCAGCAUUUCUAAACGAAGAAAUGCAACGAUUCCAAGAGAGUAGGUCAAAGACAGUCUCCUACCCUUUCCAUUCAACUCGAAAACCAAAAUACCCGACGCAUUCUUCACAAGAUAGCGUUGAGGAGUACGACCCUCCUCAUGAGAUGGACCGUACCUCCCUCAAUGAAUCACUCGGCCCCGUCUACCCUAAGAGGGGAAUGUCCCGAAACUAUUCCCAUGGCCAUGCACUCAACCAACUGAGACAGGACCUCAAGGACAAGCUACACCCUCCCCAGUCCGUGCAAGCAGCAUGGCGUUCCAACCCAGGUUCACAAAACCCCUCCCGUCAAGGAUCUCGGAUUGCCUCCUCCACAUCGACAAGAAACAGCUUGAUGCAAAGUGGGCUAGAAGACCUCCAUGAUGAAGACGAACCAGAGAUCAUUUUCCACCCUGCAAAAACCCAAAAUCUUGCAAAAUCCCAAACUCUUCCAAGAGACUUCACAGUUGCCUCCAAGAAACUGUUUAGUGCAACUUCACCAGAGGCUGAAGACGGGACACACCUCCCCUCUCUCCACCCCCCACUACCCUCACGAGGGGGCAGACGUCACGUGACCACAGACCACCUUCACAAGCGUCAAAACGGUUUCAGACUGAACAGUGGUGACGCAUUCAGCAUAAACUCUGACUGCAGUAUCGACGAAAUCCUAACAGAAAUUCAGAGAGUGGCUUCGAACAUAAAGAUGCGUGAGAGGGAAUUAAACGGGAACAUGCUUAGUUGUAAUUGGAAGGGUGUACGGUUUAGUGUAAGCGUGCAGAAGCAGGGCUCUCAUUGUCAGCUUCGAUUCAAGUGGUUUUCCGGGGGAGAUAUCUCGACAUACAAAGAACUUUGCGAGAAAUUUAUGAGAAGGUUGAAACUGACUUGAACAGUUUUCUUGUUAUUUAAACUUAAUUUUUUAACUUUUAUUAUACAGUUAUUUAUACAGUCACAGCACCCACUUUCCUUAUCUGCUCAGAGCAUCUAGAUUACUUUGUUUGUAUAAUUUAAUAUUCAAUGAAACAAAUUUUUUGUAUACAAA